AUGGCCGUCUUUGUAACCGUGGGAACUACCUCUUUUGAUGAAUUGAUUCAAGUAAUAAACGCUAAAAAAUUCCAUCAAGCUCUUUGGGAUUUGGGAUAUCGGAAACUAUUCAUACAAUACGGGAGCGGCACCGUUGAACCGUCCCUCUCCGGUAGUCCCCUGGAAGUUGAUGCCUUUCGCUAUCGAAUGAAUUUGGAUCCAAUUUUUUCUGCUUCAUCUCUGGUAAUUAGUCAUGGAGGAGCGGGUUCCUGUAUGGAAGCGCUUUCUCCUCCCGGUUUACGGAAGCUUAUCAUCGUUAUCAAUGAGAAUUUGAUGGAUAAUCACCAACGAGAGCUUGCUUUCACCCUACAUGAGGGGAAACACGCAUUUGUUUCGCCAGUGAAGUACCUCUACGAAUUUGUUUCCACUGGAAAGCAGGCGCCAUUUUUGGAAUGUCAAGUGAUUGCAUCUGUUCUCCACUUACGGCAGAAUGAAGUCCUACGGGAAGGCGAACCAGUUCUGCUAGGUGCGUCGACCAAACCCGAAAGUGUUGGCCUCAUCCCCUUUCACAGAGGCAAUGGUUCACUUCUGAUUGACUUUCUGAACGGCUUGCUUGGUAUUUCCUGUACUACAUGA